AAGGCAAUUUAAAAAAAAGGUCCAGGUUACAAUAAGCAGAGGGGAGGAGCCUGAGCUUAGGUAUAAUCAGAUACAAGUUGGGAGCAACGAUCAGAGUGGCACUGGAGAAACAGGAGAGAACGAUGGGCUUCCUGCUGCACAUUCUGCUUGCUCUGUUUGUAUCUCUGCUAGGGGGGCUUUAUCUCCUGGGAGCUUUCCGCCGGCGAAGACCAGGGGAACCCCCGCUGGAUAAAGGCCCUCUGCCCUGGCUGGGACACGUGCUGGAGUUCAGGAGAGACACGGCAAAGUUCCUGGAGAGAAUGAAGAAAAAACACGGGGACAUUUUCACAGUGCAGCUAGGAGGGUUUUACUUCACUUUCCUGACGGACCCACAUUCCUUCGGUUCGGUGAUCAAAGAGGCACGUGCAAAUCUAGACUUCACUGAGUUUGCAGAGCAUCUGGUCAAGCAAGUGUUUGGUUACCAUCCUCUAGAGAAUGACCACAAGUAUAUCCAGACCUCCAGCAACAAGCAUCUGAUGGGCGAUGGGUUGGUUGUAAUGACUCAGGCUAUGAUGAACAACCUCCAGAACCUCAUGCUGCACAGCAUUGGCUCCAGUGACAAUGGCAAACCAUGGCAGGAGGCCGGGCUCUUCUAUUACUGCUACAACAUCGUGUUUCGCGCUGGUUACUUAGCGCUGUUUGGAAACGAGACUGCAAAAACUUCAGGAUGUUUGGAGAAAGCCAAGGAAACUGACCGAAAUCACUCGGAUGAACUCUUCCAUGAGUUCCGGAAGUAUGACCAGCUCUUUCCCAAACUGGCAUACGGGGUGCUGGGGCCCUCGGAGAAGAUGGAGGCUGAGCGGCUGAAGAGGCUCUUCUGGAACAUGCUGUCAGUGCAGAAGGUCAAUUCCAAGGAGAACAUAAGCGGUUGGGUAAUGGAGUCGCAGCAGGUACGGGCCGAACAAGGCAUGGACGAAAACAUGCUGGACAGAUACAUGUUCCUUCUCCUGUGGGCAUCCCAGGGAAACACGGGUCCUGCCAGUUUCUGGCUGCUCCUGUUCCUCAUGAAGCACCCUGAUGCUAUGAAAGCUAUCAGAAAUGAGGUGGAGGAGGUUCUCCGGGAAACGGGGCAAGAAGUGAAGCAUGGUGGGCCAUUGAUCAAUCUGACCAGAGACAUGCUGCUCAAAACCCCCAUUCUGGACAGCGCAGUGGAGGAGAGCCUUCGUAUGACAGCUGCCCCCGUCCUCACCAGGGCAGUCUUGCAGGACAUGACACUAAAAAUGGCCGACCGGCAGCAGUACAACAUCCGCAAGGGUGACAGAGUGGCCCUGUUUCCAUACACCGCUGUGCAAAUGGACCCAGAGGUGCACCCUGAUCCACAUACCUUCAAGUACGAUCGCUUCCUCUCCUCUGAGGGUGGCAAAAAGACCGAGUUCUACAAAGGUGGAAAGAAGCUGAAGUAUUACACCAUGCCUUGGGGUGCUGGGUCCACCAUGUGUCCUGGAAGAUUCUUUGCCACAAACGAGCUGAAACAGUUUGUGUUUCUUUUGCUCACAUAUUUUGACUUUGAGCUGAAAAACUCAGAUGAGAAGAUUCCAGAUAUUGACACCAAGCGAUGGGGAUUUGGAACCAUGCAACCAACCCGGGACAUCCAGUUCAGAUACAGGCUCAGGUUUUAGGUUCACUCCUUAAAAAAGGUGCCACAAAGAGUUUUUUGAGAGAUGGCAUACAAGAACCACUUUGCAUUCCUAUUGGAGGUUCUUUAAACUUUUCAAGAAAGGUUCAUGUGGGAACCAAGAGUGGUUCUUCCAUGGCAUUGUGCAAAAAACCCUUCUUUGGAGGCUUUAUUUUUAAGUGUAUUGAAUAACAGCUUGCUUGUGCAAUGUUUCACUAAGCACUUAGCACCACUUAGCUCAUUUAACUCUUUACCUUGCAUGAUUAAUGAUUUUUUGUUUGAUUAGAAAAUGAGCAUAAGUUUCCCUAAUUGAUAUUUCCCUAAUUGAUCCCUAAUAAGACUAAAAUAGGAUCUCAAGCGAAUGGAAAAAAUGAACUGAUUGCAUUCACAAUGCAUGCGUUUGUGCUUUCUUAUCACAAAAUAUUUUCAUAUUCCAAACAAAAAGCCUGGGUAUAAACAUGGUUAAAAAAUUUUUUAAAGUUGUGAUAAAUUCUGUUCAUAAAAUGUGCUCCAAGAUGUGACAUUUGUGACUCCAUCAUAGCUUUCCAGUACAUCAAUAAACUUGCCAAAGAAAAAGAAUGUGGUGAAAGCUUUUUUAAAAUUAAGUCACUUACAAAUAUGUAUCUGAGAGUUUUUAUGGUAGGAAUCUAAGACCCCAUGGGACUGAAAUAAGAUCAUUGCAAAGGAAAAGAUGAGCUGACUGCAUUCACAGUGUAUGUAUGUGUGUUUUCCUAUGACUGAAAUAUUGUGAUAUUCCAAAGUGAUUGCACAUUUCUUUGAAAAAGAGAAAAGGCCUGGUUAUAAACAUAGAGAAAAUAUAAUUAAAGUACUGGACAUUAAAUCCACUCAUACAGUGAGUUCAAAAUUCAAAGUCUAUCCACAUUAUUUAGGGCACUAUAGGACAACCAGCAGGCGCAGUUUUUGUGACCUUUGGUUUGAGCAGAAGGUUGUCGGUAUAUGACCUCAAGCAGCCUAACAAACACUAAUGACAGCACAAGGUCAUAACUGAGAGUCUUUAUCUAAGGGAAGCACAAUCAGAAAGUCUGAGGAAACGCCCACACCACCACACCAUACCAUGUUGAUAUCUGUCCAGUGUAAUCUUAUCAGCUUUUGCUUUACAGCUCUCAGUUUAGUCAACCAGGAUCAAUUACAUUAAUGCUUAAGACAAUAAACGCAGUUCAUCUGUACACAAAUCUUACUACAGUUUAUCUGUACAUUUUAUUGUGGAAACUGAUCAGUUAAAUAUGGGUAAGAGUGAAAUCCUUUAUUCAAGUAAAUCACUGUAAAAGGUUUAUUGUUAAAAUAAACAGGUAGCCACUAAGCUAUGAUAAAAUUACUGUAAUUUUUCGGAUACUGUAAAAUUAAUUACGGUACAAUUCAAAGUGCUGUAUUACAGCUAAUUAUAGCAAUUUCUUCAUGUUGUAUAAUAAAGUACAAUAUUUUUAAGUCA